AUGGCCGACAUGCCAAACAGUCACCUGCUGCUCUCCGUCUACAUCCUCACCUUCCUCAUGGGGGUCCCCGCCAACAUCCUGGCAUUUUGCACCUUCUGCCGCAAGGUGAGGCGCAAGGCGGCUCCGAUCGACAUCCUCCUCCUCAACCUCACCAUCUCAGACCUCAUCUUCCUGGCUUUCCUGCCGUUCAAGAUGAAGGAGGCCGCGGACGACAUGAUCUGGAAGCUGCCCUACGUCCUGUGCCCCUUCACCGGCUUCCUCUUCUACUGCACCAUCUACAACAGCACGCUGCUGCUGACCGCCGUGAGCGUGGAGCGCUACCUGGGCGUGGCCUUCCCGCUCAGGUACUCGCUGUGCCGCCGGCCGCGUUACGCCGUGCUGGCGAGCAUCCUCUUCUGGGUGGUGACCUCUCUGAACCUCAGCAUCGUCUACAUCGUGCCCUUCUCCCAGUGGUUUAAUAGCGCAGGCGACACCGAGGAGGGCAUCAACUCCACUGGCACGUCUCUUCUCGCCCCAGCGACCUGCUACCUGGAUUUCACUGAGGACGACCUCAAAAUCCUGCUGCCGGUGCGUCUGGAGCUCUUCCUGGUCCUCUUCUGCAUCCCCUUCCUCAUCUGCUGCUUCUGUUACGUCAACUUCAUCCUCAUCCUGUCCCGGCUCCCCAACAUUAGCAGACGCCGGAGGCUGCGCGCCAUCGGCCUGGCCCUCGGCACCCUGCUGGUGUUCGCCGUCUGCUUCGGCCCGUACAACGCCUCCCACGUGGUCGGGUUUGUGCGAAAGGAGAGCGAGAAAUGGAGGAACGUGGCGCUCCUCUCCAGCACCUUCAACGCCUGUCUGGAUCCGUUCAUCUUCUACUUCUCCUCUGCGGCGGUGAGGAGCAUGCUGAACACCUGCUGCAAGAGCGUCGUGGCAAAGCUGCACAUCCUGAGGUGUGGAGGGGCUCGCUGCUGCUCUCACCUGGGACACCCCGACGCCGACAAGUACAGGGAAGGUGCUCCGCUCUAA